AUGACUGACACCCACGGCUCGCCCUACGCUCCGCCCCAUCAGCCCCCUCCCGACCGCCAAUUGGAGGGGCCGCUUUGAUUGCAGCGCUGAUUGGUGGCUCCUGCCUGACAGGGCGGUAUAAGCGGGUAUCUCGCCCUCCGCUGUGUCCCGACUCUCACCCGGCGCACAGCGCUCGGGGGCUCAGCAGCGGGCGGCAGAUCCGGGUGGGCAACGCGAGAGGCCGGGUAGACUGACGAGAACACCGAGGACUGUGCCGUGCCGUGUGAAACCCUUGUGCCUUGGCCUUAGGACAAAGAGACUCAUGGAGCCAUUGCCAGCCUCAGAGUCAGAGCGGGGCCAGCCUGGAGGUCCCAGCACCACGAGCCCCGUCGGAUUCCCGGAGCAGUCCACUGAGAGAAGCUCAAGGAAAGCAAGAUGGAAGCCCACGGCCAAAGAUGCUUUCAAAGACAUUUCCAUAUACUUCUCCAAGGAAGAAUGGACAGACAUGGGAGACUGGGAGAAAAUCCGAUACAGGAAUGUGAAAAGGAACUAUGAAGCGCUGAUGACUAUAGGUCUCAGAGCCCCUCGACCAGCUUUCAUGUGUCACCGCAGGCAGGCCAUCAAACCCCAAGUAGAUGACACUGAGGAUUCCGAUGAAGAAUGGACGCCAAGGCAGCAAGUCAAACCUUCUUGGGUGGCAUCCAGAGUGGAUCAGAAUAAACAACACAAGGGAACCCACAGAGUGCCAUUAAGUAAGGAAUCUAGUUUGAAGGAAUUCUCAGAAACAGCAAAGUUGCUGAACACAAGUGGCUCAGAGCAGGGCCAGAAACCAGUGUCCCUUCCUGGAGAAGCAAGUACCUCUGGACAUCACUCUAGACGAAAAUUGGAGCUCAGGAGAAAGGAGAUUGGAGUGAAGAUGUAUAGUCUACGAGAAAGAAAGGGCUUUGCAUACCAAGAGGUCAGCGAGCCCCAGGAUGAUGACUACCUCUAUUGUGAGAAGUGUCAGAAUUUCUUCAUUGACAGUUGUGCUGUUCAUGGGCCCCCUACAUUCGUAAAGGACAAUGCAGUGGGCAAGGGGCAUCCCAACCGCUCAGCCCUCACUCUGCCCCCUGGUCUGAGAAUCAGACCAUCGAGCAUCCCUGAGGCUGGGCUUGGAGUAUGGAAUGAAGCAUCCGAUCUGCCACUGGGUACACACUUUGGCCCCUAUGAGGGCCAGAUCACCGAAGACGAAGAGGCAGCCAACAGUGGAUACUCCUGGCUGAUCACCAAAGGGAGAAACUGCUACGAGUAUGUGGAUGGAAAGGAUAACUCUUGGGCCAACUGGAUGAGGUAUGUGAACUGUGCCAGGGACGAUGAGGAGCAGAACCUGGUGGCCUUUCAGUAUCACAGGCAGAUCUUCUACCGAACCUGCCGGGUCAUCAGGCCAGGCUGUGAACUGCUAGUCUGGUACGGGGACGAGUACGGCCAGGAGCUGGGCAUCAAGUGGGGAAGCAAGUGGAAGAGCGAGCUCUCAACAGGGAAAGGUGGGCACCACUGCUCUUCAAAACAGAAAGAAAAGAAAGAAUUCUCCGUGGCAGUUUCCAUGUCCAGCUCUCGACAGACCCACAGCCAGACAUCCAUCGAUGUCCCUCCUGCCCACUGGCCUUCUCCAGUCAGAAAUUCCUCAGCCAACAUGUGGAAUGCAAACACUCUUCUCAGAGCCUCCCACGAAUAUCUGCAAGAAAACAUUUCCAACCAGAGAAUCCCUGCCCAGGUGAUCAGAAUCAGCAGCAGCAGCAACAUUCUGAUCCACACAGCUGGAAUGACAAAGCAAAAUGUCAAGAGGUCAAAGAAAGGUCCAGACCUUUGCUUAAAAGUAUAA